CCCUUGUGUCUUCAGAACCUUCUGUUCCCUUGAAGACACUCCCUAUCUGUGCUGCUUCUCCAUAACCAUGAUUGGGGCUUGGGACUGCUCUGGCCAAUAGAGGGCGGCAGAAGCGAUGUCAUGUGACUUUCAAGGCUGCAUCUUGAGCAGCGUCCUGCUCUCUGGAAAGGCCCCUCUUGGAACUAGAACUUCCUCCAUAUUGUGAGGAAGCCCAGGCCACACGGGAGACCCCUGUGUGUGUUGCUGCUGGCGUUCCUACUGAGCCCUCUGCCAACAGCUGGCCUCAGCUGCCUACCCACUGAGCACCUGCCGGGAGCCGUACUGGGCGCUGAAGGAUAGAAGUGAACGGUCCUCCCUCUUGGAGCUGAGGUUCCCGCAAAAAAAACCAGAACGCGUCCUGCAGCGAAAGGCUUCCGUGCCGCCAGCGGGAUCUUCCCAACCUUUGGGAAGAUCCCUAAUGGCUCCUCCUGACGCCCGUCUCUAGGGACGCACGCCCGUCUCUAGGGACCCACGCCCUCCUUUGGCUGCCGCCGGGCGGAGUCUCGCGAGAUCUUGUGACUUACCGCGGCAUCGCCCAACGGUUGCCGGGAAACGGCGCGGCUUCUGCGGAACUGGCGCUUUGGACUCGGGUAGCGGCUGGGCUUGUCCGCCGGCGUCAUGGCGCCCAAAAAGAAAGGGAAGAAAGGCAAAGCCAAAGGCACUCCAGUUGUCGAUGGACUCACCCCAGAGGACAUGAGCAAGGAGCAGGUGGAGGAACAUGUGGGCCGUAUCCGAGAGGAGCUGGACCGUGAGCGGGAGGAGCGCAACUACUUCCAGCUGGAGCGGGACAAGAUCCACACCUUCUGGGAGAUCACCCGGAGGCAGCUGGAGGAGAAGAAGGCUGAGCUCAGGAACAAAGAUCGGGAGAUGGAAGAGGCCGAGGAGAGGCACCAAGUGGAGAUCAAGGUGUACAAGCAGAAAGUGAAGCACCUGCUCUAUGAGCACCAGAACAACCUGACAGAGAUGAAGGCUGAGGGCACCGUGAUCAUGAAGCUGGCACAGAAGGAGCACCACACUCAGGAGGGUGCGCUGCGCAAGGAUAUGCGGGCGCUGAAGGUGGAGCUCAAGGAGCAGGAGCUGGCCAAUGAGGUGGUGGUGAAGAACCUGCGGCUGAAACACACUGAGGAGAUCACCAAGUUGCGGAAUGAUUUUGAGAGGCAAGUUCGAGAAAUUGAGGCCAAGUAUGACAAGAAGAUGAAGAUGCUGAGGGAUGAGCUCGAUCUGCGGAGAAAGACCGAGCUGCAUGAAGUGGAGAAGAGGAAGAACGGCCAGAUCAACACGCUGAUGCAGCGCCACGAGGAGGCCUUCACUGACAUCAAGAACUACUACAACGACAUCACCCUCAACAACCUGGCCCUCAUCAACUCCCUCAAGGAGCAAAUGGAGGACAUGCGGAAGAAGGAGGACCACCUGGAGAGGGAGAUGGCAGAGGUGUCUGUGCAGAACAAGCGCCUGGCGGACCCUCUCCAGAAGGCUCGCGAGGAGAUGGGUGAGAUGCAGAAGCAGCUCGCGAACUACAAGAGGGACAAGCAGAUCCUGCUCUGCACAAAAGCACGUUUAAAAGUCACAGAGAAAGAGCUGAAAGACCUGCAGUGGGAGCACGAAGUGUUAGAGCAGCGGUUCACCAAGGUGCAGCAGGAGCGGGAUGAGCUCUACAGGAAGUUCACUGCUGCCGUCCAGGAGGUGCAGCAGAAGACCAGCUUUAAGAACCUGGUGCUAGGGCGCAAGCUGCAGGCCCUCAGCGCCGCUGUGGAGAAGAAGGAGGUGCAGUUCAACGAGGUGCUGGCGGCCUCCAACCUGGACCCUGCAUCCCUGACGCUGGUGUCCCGCAAGCUCGAGGAUGUUCUGGAAUUGAAGAACAGCACCAUCAAGGACCUGCAGUAUGAGCUGGUCCGGGUCUGUAAGGCCCACAAUGACCUGCUGCGCACGUACGAGGCAAAGCUGUUGGCCUUCGGGAUCCCUCUGGACAACUUGGGCUUCAAGCCCUUGGAGACAGCUGUGAUCGGGCAGAUGAUAGGCCAGGGCCCUGCGGGACUGGUGGGCACCCCCACGUAGCCGCCCCUUUGGGGGGGCACAGCCCCCAGAGCCAGCCUCGGAACUCUCUAGAUGACACCCCCGUUCACACCAAGGACAGCAAGUGUUUUAGAUUUCAUCAUCAGCAAAUGAAAGCUUUUCACAUGU